GUUUUUGAAGGAACGGUUGCUAGAUGUUAAUGGAUUAAGCAGACUAUAUGCAUUUUUAAAUCCUGGGGCCAUUGCCUCUGAUGCUGGGGAUUAUAAUGCCCGUUCUCGAGCACUGCGCAAACGUAUUCUUGAAAUUGAUAAUCCGGCUAAAUGGAUUAUUGCCCCUAUAACAAUUAGUAAGUAAAUUUAAAAUUUAUAGUUUCAUAAUUUAUAACUCUACAUAAUUUAUGGUUAAUCUAACAUGUUUGUUUGUGUAGUAAUAUGUAUCAUUGGAUGGUUGUACUUAUCCAACCAAGUACACAUACGAUAGCGUACUUGGAUUCCAACAAUGGAUAUGUACCAGAAGAUUUAAAAUACAUUGUUAACACGUCGCUCAACAUAGUUAAUAAAAGCUUAACUAACCGCAAUGAUCGUCCCAUUGAGUGGAUAACUCCGAUAUGUCCACAACAACCAGACGGGAAGCAAUGUGGAUAUUAUGUCAUGAAAUUUAUUGAGAGUUUCAUGAACGAAGAAGAUCCAAUACGCCGAGUGAGAGAAAUGGGUAAGAGCGAUCCGUACUCAAAUGACGAGAUGAAUAUUUUGCGUGAUCAGUGGAUUGAAUAUGUUCGAGCACAAGCAGUGCGACAAGGGCUUUUACAAUGAUCAAUUUCUAUUUUUGUUUAUACUUUAUCCUAACUAAUUAGUGACAAUAUACAGUAAAAAUUAAUUAAUGUAGGGAAAAUUUUACUAUGUAAAACAGGAUCUGUUUAACUUUCACUAAUGACAAUAUAUAUACUUUAUCCUAA